AUACCGAGCAAUGCUCUCUCUGUGAAGACAAGUGUGCGCUCACCCACGACGAUUACGUUACCUGCGUGUGCACUUCAUAUCAUGACAUUUUGCUCAACGAUGGACGGUCAUGUUCCUCCCAUAAAGCCACAGAGGCUCCAAUCGUCGAGUUCCUUGUCACUAAGGGCAGCACGUCCCUCUACUUGACAUGGGGCAAUAUAGACAAGGGUAGCCAUUUGGACUGGACAAGAAUGCCCACAGCUUUCAGGAUCAGCUACAUGAACGAGGACUCAGGGGACCUCAUCUUCUACGAAUCUGGCAUCCCUCACUACAACACUUAUUGCGGACAGAAAAUUAUCUUCAAGGAGUACACAGAGACAGGGGCCGAAAC